AGAGAGAGAGAGAGAGCGAGAGAGAGAUUGCAAUGGAGGAAGAGAUCAAGAGCCUAAUCAAGGUAUGGAUUUCAGUCCUGAUCUCUCUAAGCUAUUGCUAUUUGAUAGUGACCAAGAUCCCAAAAGGCCCAACAAGGCUUCUCUCUCUUCUCCCCAUCUUCUACCUCUUCAUCACCCUCCCUUGGUCAUUCUCAUCCAUCCAUUUCAGAGUCAUCUCAGCCUUCUUCCUCACAUGGCUGGGCAUCUUCAAGCUCCUCCUCUUCUCAUUCAACAUGGGCCCACUUCCACCCCUCCAAAACUCCUACCUCAUUUUCAUCACCACAGCCUCCCUCCCCAUCAAACCCAAAGAAGACCCAUCUCCCCAAAACCCCCCAGGUGGGCCCCACACCCCCCAUUUCCUCAAAAGGUGGCCCACCAUCACAGCUAUCAGGGGCCUACUGUUAGCUGCACUGAUACAAGUGUACACAUACAAAGAACACUUCAACCAUUAUGUCUUGCUGGCCAUUUAUUGCAUCCAUCUGUAUCUGUCCUUGGAACUAGUCCUAGCCAUUGGUGCAGCCACAGCUGGAGCCAUGGGCCUUGAGAUCGAACGGCAGUUCGAGGCGCCGUACCUGUCCAGCUCGUUGCAAGAUUUCUGGGGUAGGAGGUGGAAUCUCAUGGUCACGAGUAUUCUACGGCCGACCGUAUACCUCCCCGUACGGAGUAUGUGUACGCGUACGGUGGGGCCCAGGUGGGCCACACCAGUGGCAGUUGUGGCCACGUUCGUUGUGUCGGGUCUCAUGCACGAGCUGAUGUUCUAUUACAUUACUGAGGUAGGACCCACGUGGGAGGUCACGUGGUUCUUCGUGCUCCACGGAGCGUGCACGGCCGCGGAGGUGGGCGUGCGGAGGGCGUUGACUGACAGGUGCCCGUUUCUGCCGCGCGCGGUGUACGGAGCGUUGGCUCUGGGGUUCGUUGCGGUGACCGGCUUCUGGCUGUUCUUCCCGCAGCUCGUACGGUACGGUACGGACGCGGCGGCGAUUGGCGAGUACGCGAUUCUGGCGGGCUUCUUGGAGGAGAAAGGGCGGGAUCUGGCGUCCUGGCUUGGGUUAGUGUCCGGGAUGCGCUGGGGUGCGUAGUGCGCACCCAUGUUGUAUUUUUGUUGUAUCCAGCAUGGAAAUCGACUGGUCUUGUUUUUAUUCUUCUCCU